AUGUCUACCUUCUUCGUGACUCGCGAAAGCCUGUACACCAGACUGUCGUCGUUCUCGGCAGCAGCAACAAGUGCCUCCUCACUCCGGAAUCUACGCGCCGCGGUUCGCCGAUCAGGCAUCACCACGGGCCGCCGGUUCGCCAUGCAAGCCUCCACAUCAGUAAGGGCUUGCCCGCUACCCCAAACCAUGCGUCUGGCAACCGUGGCGGUCUUGUCUCUCUCUGCUGUAAGUCUUGUAUUCCCAGCUCCGACGGCAGGUGUAGACGGACGCACCGAAGUUGAAUAGCGUCGGGACUUGGGACUCGGGAGCCGGCGCGGCCUGAGCUGGCGUGCUCGAAGCUCGUGACCCACUGCCGAGAUGGCGAACGCCGAGAAACGCGCUCAGCUCGAGCUGACACAUCUAACCCUUCGACCCUUGAUAAUCUCAUAGGCAUUAUUAUUGUCGAACCCGGACAGUUUCGAUCAUACCGCCGGUCCUAGGUCCGGACUCCAAUACUACCCAGCUCACCACCACACCCAAGCCACGUCGAGCCAUCGUUGCCUCGCCGUCGCAAGUCCCGCCGCCGUAGCGCCUGGGAGGAGAUCCGCCCACUCGGCGACUACGUCGCUUCCCAAGGCGACGUCACCCAAGGGCCCUUCCAGUCCAUACGGGAGCAACAAGGAAUUAAUGUUGGCCGAAAGUUUAGGCAAGACGCUCGCUUCGUCGUAUAAGUCAUCCUAA